CAGUUCAAAAAAAAAAAAAAAAGACAACAUAUAUAUUUUCAUUCUGUGUAUAUAUGUUCGCAUAUAUUUGUCUACACAUAUAAAUACAACAAGCAUCUCGAGAUUCAAAAGGCAAAUUACUCAGAGACCAAAACAAGAAUACCAGAUACUAAUUCUUUUUUGUCAUCACAGAAAAAGCAGAUCAUCAAAGUAUGUCUAGAGUGAGGUCUGAGCCGACGAAAGUUGUUUUCAUUAACACACAGUAUGUCCAGACAGAUGCUCGGAGCUUCAAGUCAAUUGUUCAAGAUCUCACCGGUAAAAACGCUGUCGUCGCUGAGGGGCCUUUCGAAUUCUCCGGGCAAGGGUACGGUGGAAAAGAUUCACCGCAGCAGUUUUUCGGCGGCGGAAGAGAAGCAGAAGCAGGUGUAGAGGCGACCGAGUUCGAUAGAUUUUUCAGGGAAAUGCCUCGGGUCGGCGAAUUGUAUAAUCUAUGGUCAGAAACUUGAAUAUGAAAAAAAAAAAAAUUAUUUAGUUUAUUUUUCUCGUGGAUAUCAUGGCCCAUGGGGUCUCAUCUUUGUAUCUCAAAGCCCUUGUUUACUAGAUUAAGAGGCCUAUGUAAACACGAGUGAACCUAAAAUCCCCUUCUUAUUA